AUGAAUCUUCUGGUUCUAAUUUUGUCUGUGGUUGCCGGUGCCAUCGCCAAGCCUCAGGGAUAUAACUUGACUCCCCCUUCCGGUCCAUCUUUAUUCUCGCGAAGAUGUAGCAACGGACAGGUGUUACAUGUGGACGGUAGAUGCGUAACUCCAAGGAUCAACCGGCGUGUGUUUUUGUAUGAUGUACCAAGAACUCCCACGCCAACAGGUCCUCCACCUUUCAUCCCUGCACCAACAGUGGAGACCAACCUAUUGUUCAUCCGAACUCCUGAAGGAGGACAAGGGCCAGAUCCAAUCGUUGUACCUCCUCCCCAGCAGGAACACGUCGUGUACAUCCUCAAUAAACAGUCUGAAGUGGGACAAAAGGUGAUCGAAAUUCCAGCACCACCACCUUCCGAUCCCGAAGUGUACUUCGUCAACUAUGCUGAAGGAGAGAAUCCAACUCUUCCAAUUGGAGUUGAUCUGCAGACUGCUUUAGAUGCUGCUUCAGCUGGCAGUGGCCAGGUGGUUGGUAGUUCUGAAGGCUUCGGUAACGGAGCAGCUAGUGUAAUCGGUGGUUUCGGUAGCAGCAAUGAUUUCGGACUUGGCAAUGGUUUUGGAGGUAUAAGUGGUUUGGGAAGUAGCAAUGGUUUCGGAAGUAGCAGUGGUUUCGGAAGCAGUAAUGAUUUUGGAACCAAUGGUGGUCUUAUAAGCAGCAAUGGUUUCGGAGUCAACAGUGGUUCCGGGGCCAGCAGUAGUAUUGGAGGCAGUAAUGGUUUCGGAAGCAGCAAUAGUUUUGGAACCGUGGGAAGUCUUGAAAGCAUUAAUAGUUUCGGAGGCAGUAAUGGUUUGGGAAGGAGCAAUAGUUUUGCAAGCAGCAGUGGUUUCGGAAGUGAUAUUGAUUUCGCUUCAGGCAGUUUAGAUGGAAAUAAUGGUGUAUUCAGCGGCAGUGUCAGUGGUGCAGGAAUCAGCAGCCUUUCAGAUUCUAAUCUUCUCGACGAUAGCCAACACCGUAGCCAGGCCCCUGGGUUACGAUUUGGCUCCGCCUUUCGUUUGGUCUGUACGAAGAUGCAGGAACGGACAGGCCUUGCAUGUGGACGGUAG